GCCGGGGCGGGGCCGCGGGCAGCUCGGGGCUGCGGCUCGGAGCGGAGCGGCGGCACCAGCGCCAUGACCGCGGCGAUGCGGCAGCGCUUCGACCGCUUCCUGCACGAGAAGAACUGCAUGACCGCCGUGCUCGAGCGGAUCGAGAGCAAGACCGGCGUCAGCCGCACCUACAUCGCCACCGGCAUCCUCGGCGUCGUGGCCGUGUACCUGGUGGUGGGAUACGGCGCGUCCCUGCUCUGCAACAUCAUCGGCUUCGCCUACCCCGCCUACAUCUCAAUCAAGGCCAUUGAAAGUCCCAACAAAGAUGAUGACACACAGUGGCUGACUUACUGGGUCGUGUAUGGCAUUUUCAGCAUAAUUGAAUUCUUCUCUGACAUCUUUCUGUCAUGGUUCCCUUUUUACUACAUGCUAAAGUGUGGCUUCCUGCUGUGGUGCAUGGCUCCAAGCCCUUCCAACGGGGCAGAGUUUCUCUACCACCGGAUUAUCCGUCCCUUCUUCCUGAAGCACGAGGCCCAGCUGGACAGCGUGGUGCAGGACCUGAAAGACAAGGCUGCAGAGACUGCAGACACCAUCACUAAAGAGGCCAAGAAAGCAACAGUCAACUUGCUGGGUGAAGAAAAGAAGAGCACUUAAACUGGAUAAGUUUCCUUACCACCUCCUUUGUGCAGCUUGAUGUUACUGGGGACUGUGGUAUAAGUUCAAUAAUAUUGCCUUGGAAACAUUUUGAUAUAUUAAAGGAAUGUGCUGUAAGUUUACUUACUACUUUGCUGUGACUGAUAGAGAAUAUGCGUUUUUAUUUAAAAGCAAUGCAGUGGGCAGCAUCUGAAGCUUAAUGAAAAUAUUUUGUUCAUCUUCAUGCAGAAGAAGUCUUUCAGUAAUCUCUUUCUGCAGUAACAUAAAUAAAAAAAGUAUAUAUCCCUCAGGCUCUGCACUUUAGUUGUCUCUUUGUCUAUGAAAUUACUCUUAAUACUUUGAUUGUGGUGCAUCUGGUAGCUCAAAGCUCUUUCAUAGGGAAAAUUCUGAAUGGAUUUCUUGAACAUACAGGGAAUUAUUGUAAGAGAUGGCAUAAUGGAUGUAUUCCCCACCACUAAAGCUGUAAAUUGUGAAAUUAUGUGUUCUAGGCACCUGAUUAUAGAGAUUAUUUGCUGUUGCAUGUUUCUGACUAUACUAAGAACAACUUUGUAUGAGUGCUUAAACUUCCUGAGUGGAGAUGCUCUUGUUGUUACUUGAUAUAUUCCUGACCAAUCAAUAAGAGUGCAACCAAAGCUGCUAAGAGAAUAAAGGUAUUUUUUACAAUCAAUAUAAAAAAAAAAAAUUUUCUUAGCUUUCCAUCUGUACUCUUUCACACUGUGGUAUUUUCAACAAAAACAAUUACAUUAAUUAAUCAGGCAUGAAUUACUGAAAUUCCCAUGUUUCCAUCUCCUGGAAACAUGCUCCUGCUGACAUUUCUUUGAAGCCUAGAGUAAUGGUAUGGCAGUUCUGAGCUCACAGAACAUGCAAAAAGAAAACUUAAGCUUUUGAUAGGACAGAAAUUAUUUCCAACAUACAAUUUUGAAUUCUAAAGACUUAAAAUAAGGUUUUGAGGACUUUUGGCUUUCUGCAAAAAAUUGUUGUAUAAACAUUCUUUGUAAAUUAUCAGAUGCAAGAACUGCAAAAGAGUGAAGCACACAGUGCAACUCAGUGGGUCAGUUUUAACCUGGAGAGACAGGUUUUAUAAAAGGGGAUGUAGAAGUGUCAUAAGAGAAAGCAUUUUAAGCUUUGAGCUUAAAAUAACCCUUGGAGCUGGCAGCUUGGAUAGGGAAAUACAAGACCUGCUGUACCUCAUGUUCUGUAGGACAGCAUGCAGUUUGUCAUUUGAAGAAAAAAUGAAAGAUUUCUUAGCUAAUCAUUCCUUCAAAACUUUUUGUUAGGAGGGGAUAUGCUGAAGAGGAUGAAGUUUACAACGAAGUUGUAGGUUUUAAGCAUGUAAAGUUUGAAGUGUAUCACCGAUUAACUUUUUAAUUUCUUGUCUUAACUUCUUCUGUGGUAAACCCACUGGACUUUCUGGUAAGCCUUACUAAACCUUAGUCCUGUGUUUUAAGCUCUAUCAGCUCUAUGUAAAGCACUCGUGUGGCCACUGUAAUUUAGUUUCAGUUCUUGAGAUUAGAAGUAACUAGAUGGAAAUAAAUGAGAAUUCUUAAUAGACUAUUUGAUUUCAGUGCCAAGCACUAUAUGACUUACUUAUCUAAAAGCUUACAGUAAAUUUUAGAUUUUUCAAGCUGUAGUAGAGACAGGAUUUACUUUUUAUUUCUUAUACUAAUUAACAGUUCUUCCACUGUUAUUAAUGGGGAUAAAACAUUCUAGGUAGAUGUUAGGUAAGUGUUGAAACAGUCCCUUGCAUCUCUCAGAACUUGAAAGGCUUUAAAUCAACUUCUUGUCUUUACCAACUUGAUAUUAUCAGUACGUAAAAUCAGUGCUCUUUUGUCAGAUAUCUACUUGAACUAGAGCUGCAGUCUGUUGUUAACAGAAGUUGCCCUUGUUUUUUUUUUCCUUGAUGCAAGUAGAAAUGAUUGAAUUUCUGCAGCAAGUUAUCCUUUCCUGGAAGUAACUCCACUGGGCUGGUCCCACAGAUCAGUGCUUGGCUUUGUGUCUUCACCACAUUUAUGUGCAAAUGUUGGUACACACAUCUGCUCCAUGUCUUUGCUGAAGCUGUAAUGUGCUAAAUAAAAAUGGACACAAAUAAAGAGAUUCUUAUGGGACUGGUA